AUGGCGGACCAGGAGCCGCACUCGCUCGCGUCGACGUUUCCCAACCCGCCGCCCUUCUGGCGCGACUUUACGCCCGAGAGGAUCGCACGGAUCGAGGACCUACGCGCGGCACACGCGGAGAAUGCAGGCGACCAGGGCGGCGAUGCGGCGACAACGACGACCGUCCGGCUGCCGGACUUGCCAGAGGACCUGGCGAACCUGGAGCCGCCGCCAGAGCCCGCCGACGGGCGGUGGCGCGUCUUUGGCGACCAGUACAUGCUCGACGACAAGCUGCCGACGCUCGAGGAGCAGGGCAUCACGAACCUCCCCGCCACGAACACGAGCAACAAUGACAACAAGUCGGCACCGAGCGGCGGCGACGACGGAGCGGCAGACACCCAAGACUCCAAAGACAUCAAGUACUACGACCGGGCCUUUGAGCUCAAGAAGCUGACCAAGUCGCUGCUGCUCAACUUCCUGGAGCUGGCGGGGGUGCUGUCGCGCAACCCGGCGCACGCCGAGGCCAAGGCGGCGGACCUGCGGACGCUUUUCAUCAACGUGCACCACGUGCUCAACGAGUACAGGCCGCACCAGGCGCGCGAGUCGGCCAUUGAGAUGAUGCAGGACCACCUCGACCGGACGCGCGCCGAGACGCUGGCGAUUCGCACGCAGGUGGACAAGGCGCGGAGCGUGCUCGAGGGGCUGGGCAGCCUGGGGCUGACGACGGCGGCGGCGGCGGCGGCAGGCGAGGACAAGCUGCAGAAAGGGGGUGCUGGUGCCGCUGCUGGAGAUGGAGGCGAUGGCGGCAGUGUCGAGGCGGAGAGGCAGAGGCUGAAGAGGGAGCGGGAGAGGGAGCUUUGGGCGGCGGCGGAUGUGGCGCUGGCGUGA